AGAAACUCAUCAUGAGAAUUCUUCUCCUUCUCACCUUGUUGGGGUUGGCAGCAAUCUGAAGGUGUACAUUGGUGUUCGUGAUCGCGGAACUCUGGACCCGUCCAGGGCCUAUACGGGUGUUCCACAUCCAUACCCUAGCCCUAACAUGGACCCUGACCUCAUGCUCAUCAAGCUGAAUAAGGAUGCUCCAGCUGGUAGCUCAACUGUUCAUCUUCCUACUGACUGCAUCAACAACAGGCCUCCAAAUGACAUACAAACCACAGCCCUUCUCCUUGCUGGCUGGGGAGAAGAUGAAAACGGAAAUUAUCCUUUACAACUCCAAUGUGUGAGGCUCCAAGGGACUACAAGUUUAGCCGAAGCAGAGUUUUGUGCUGGGAGAGCAGAUGAGGGGACAGGUGAAGCUGACUCUGGAGGAGGUCUGGUCCAUACAGGGAGGAACACGGUGUAUGGAGUGGUUGUUUCGCACUGUUGGCUUGAUCCUAAUGGACCAAGUUUGAGAAGCCAGUUUGUAAAUGUGUGCCACUUCUUGCAGUGGAUCCAAAACGAGAUGAAUGCACAUCCAUGAGAAAUAAAAUGAUCAGAGAUCAC